UAUCGCUAAUAUUUCUGUAUUACUGAUAAAUGAACAGCGCCAUUGUUCUUGUGAAAUUGAUAACCAAAUUACGCAUAACCUCAAAGACCCAAGGGAUUGCUGGUUUGGUAUUUAUGAACCAAGAAUGAAGAACAUAUAUGAAACGAUUAAAAAAUCGUCGCUCACGCGCUGUCAGAAAUUCUCAACGAUUUCAAGUAAAUGCAUGUAAAGGCGAAAUAGAUUGUCAUGCAUAAGCUUUUGUUUGCAAUCACGGAACAGACGGAUGAAACUGACGAACAUCCUAGCAUGAAUGAAAAGGCCAAAGUUGUACUGUAUCAUUGCUCUCUUAAAUAAAGCCCUUGUAAUUAUUGGGUGAAUUGUGUCCAACGUUCUACAUCGUGCACGAGAGAGAAAAAGGAACGAUCUUGUUAACUGUUAUACCUUCUUCAUAUUUUAAUAUUUACAUUUUCAUAGCAGACAAAGGCAAAGUAUUCUCAAUUAAAUGACAACAAACAUUUUUCAAAUUAAACAUGGUUUCCUCAUGAAGAAAAGUUAUGGAAGAGUCAAAACCCAAUGGACCUAUAGUAACAAGCGAGACAGCAAAAGAAAUCACAGAACCAGAGGAUAUUUAUUUGGGUGCUGAUGGACCUGAAGAGGUGGCUGUAGGAGUAAAUGGAAAGAAGUUUAAGUUGCUGAGUCCUGCAAAUACAUACGCAGCUAAGAAAACAGUAGCUCAAGGCAUGAUGGAUAUUGCACUUAUCACAGCCAAUGCCAACCAACUACGCUACAUUUUAGAGUUCGGUGAUCAUAAUACAGUAUUUUAUACCAUUACCGUGCUCAUAGUAAUAAGCAUUUUUCUGCAGGUGGCAGUUGGAGUAUGCCUCAUUUUCAAAGGACGGUAUGAUAUGGCUGGUGAUUCAAAGCAUCGACAGGCAAAUAGACUCAACAAUUAUGUUGUUAUGGGCGUUUUCCUAGUCACCAUCAUCAAUGUGUUUGUUGCUACAUUCACCAUAAGCGGAAAAAAGGAGUCAACAUAGUGAAGUAGACGCCAUUUGUGAUUUAUUUUCCUCAUUCAUGCCACAAAGCACCGAGGUUCGAGUUUCCUACAACUUUUGAAAUACUUGCUCAAGAACUACACAUCUUUUCCACGGAGAUGGAAAAUGGAAUGGUAUAUGAUUUAUGAAACAGUUUUGAGUCAGAGAAACUGCAGCAUCCAAAGUUCAUACUUCAUACUUAAAAGACUGCAUCCAAAAGCACAAUUUUCUACAUGCUGCCACAUAACGACUAGUUUUCUAACAGAACAUUGCAGCAAAUUAAGCUCUUACCAGAAUGUAGUUUUCCUUUAGUUAUGGAAACACAUUUUUCAUCACUGACACCAAGUAUGAAGAAUGAGAUGAUAUUCAAAUCAGGGAAGAUUUUUAAACCUUUAUACACCAAUAAUUAAGAGUAGAAUGUUGUUAAACUCUUAAUUUUCAACCACCUUACACACUGUUCAAUAUAUAACAAAAAACAAAUUAUUCCUAACCAUUCCAUCAAGAAUGCCACUUGGUGUGUGUGUGUGUCCGAUAAAUGUAAAGCUGGACACAAACUUUGUCGCAUGCACAGUUCUAAUACACUAACUCUAGGACACGUCCAGUAAUGUGGUAGAGUUUAACCAAGUCUAGCUUCACAGAAGAUCCUAAAUAAGCCUGCUUCUUUAAGAGUCUGUGAAACAAUAAAUAAAAUACUUCCACUUAUAAAAUGUUAUCUAAAAACAUAUUUAAAAGUCUCAUAAGCUCAUAUAUUGUUUGUCAAAAUUUUUUUUACAGCUUUUAAGAUAAAAGCACCAAUAAUGGCACAAGGAAAAAAUGUAGUAAUAUUUAAAUAUUAUUUAGUAAUCAUUAUUGUGAUUCCCAUGCUAUUGUUUAUAAUACAUUAUUAUGUUCUACAUUUAUUAUAUUUCAGAACAACAAAUCAACUGUUACGUUUAUGAACUUGAUAAACAACUAAACAAACAUGAAUUAUAAAAAAAUACAAAAAACAUACCAAUUAUAUAAACUUAUCAUUUUAAUGUGGCAGUAAAUAAAAACUAACAAAAAAUACAACAUGUAAAGACAUACAUGCACAACACUGCAACUCAUAAUUUCAGGGAUAUACUAAAUCAAAAUUGAACUUCAUGUAAUAAAUAUGGCAAAAUAAAUAAACAUACUUAAAAUGACA